AUGCACACCGACCGAGUCCACCGACGCAAGCAGUUUUCAAGCUGCGAUGCGUGCCGCAAGUCUCGCGUUGCCUGCGACGCUUUGCGAAGACUCUCUGCGACCGGAGAGUCGAAUGUCGCCACUUGUAGCCGCUGUGCGGCUCGGAACCGACAUUGCAGCUUUGAGUGGAUGAAAAAGGUCGUUUCCAGGGCGGAUGGGUCCAGUCCUUCAUCAGAUCGCUGGAAUCCGCUUCUCUCCCCACCGCCGUCCUAUGGCAGGAGCCAAGAGGAAGGGUUCAAUCUGUCUCCGCACUUCAAUGACCCAGGGGGAGAUUCGCCUCGUAAUGGUGUGGUUGAGAGCCCAGUCCACGGCGACCAUGGGACCCCGACACCCUCCGCCAGCUCCUCACUGAUCAGCCUAGAAGUCUCGGACUGGCUUCGAUCAAUGUAUGAGGACGUCUUCGAACAGGUCUUUGGGUCUUGGCUAGGCAACUACAGCUGUCCAUUCUCAUUCGGGGAGAAUGGCCACUUGGAAGAGGGCGCAAGCGACCAUCCGGGAUUUUCGCUAUCGGUCAGCAUUUCGUCGCUAUGCAGGCAAUUCGACCAGUUGAUGAAGGACCUGGAAAAGCAAGGGCCAGCGAGUGCGAGGGCUCAUCCUCCAACGCAAACGGAAUUGGUAAAGGAAUGGCAGAUCGAAACUACCCUGAAUCAAGCAAUUCAAACCUUUUCCGCUCGAUGGCUGCCUCUGACCUUCAACUCGCCCGACCAAAAAUUGGCGCAAACCCCAUUGAUACAGUCACUUUGGCGGGAACUGAGACAGAAUCUUCUCAAAUCCAUGAACAGACCCUGUUAUCGAUCCAUGCUGAGCUUAUACCUUUUUGCCAUGGUCCCGGUUCCAGUCGGCAUACCAGAAGACGAGGAGGAAAGCGGCGUUCCCGCUCAGGUAUGUGUGCAAGCUGCUUUGCAGCAAGUACAAUACCUUCGCGCGCGCCAGAGAAGCCUUGAAUUCAAUGGCUCCAAGGUCUCGCUUUUAUCAGACCGAGCGACACCCAUAUCUACUCCGGAACAGAUUCGAUCCGAGUUUAUACACAUUGAGAGUAUGAUAUACUGGGCAGCCAUGACGUUCGACACCUCAUCUGCCUUGACUUUCAACACCAAGUCCGUCCUUUCUUCAGGUCUCCUGGGCUGGGAAGCCGAAUCCUCGUGGCGGAUGGUCCAGACCUGCACGAAUAUCUUCCAUGAACAGUCCGAAAGGUGGCGUACUCAUGGAGUGUUGGUCACUGAAGAAACGGCAAAUCAAAUUAUCGGUGCUGCCCAUGCAUGGAAGCUUCGCGUGUGGAAAAUGGGUACAAUUUUGAAGGAGGCACUUCGCGAAGGUCAUGGCGAAGACGCUGUAUACCACGCAUAUACCUCUGCCGCGGAGGCAAUCAGACAGUUCAAUGUCACUUAUCGCCCCUUGCUAGCAGCGUGCGAACGACGACUACAAUUUUUGUCGCAACAUACAAAGCUUCGCUGGUGUGAGUAUCUACCUUCUACGACUCUGUCUCCCUAUUGCAGACCGAGGAUACUAAUCUUCUUCUUUCUACACAUAGACGAGCUGAUGGUGCACCACCACUUGAGUAUUCUAAUUAUGAUUGAUGCCAUCGAGAUUGCCUCGAGAGAAGACAUUCUCGAGAAAAUGAGCGUCACAAAGUCAGACGCACAGGGCAGUCUUCUCAACUGUCUACAAUUUGGUCUCAGCAAUCACUUUACGAUACCUACGCGCCAGGGUUCGGACAGCAGUACUGGUUCGUUCCCGCUAGUGGCUAUCGAUCCUUAUCCCCACCAUCUCCUCGCGGGCGUACAGCUUUUGUGGAAAGGGAUUGAGCGGGACUUCGAUGAUGGUCAUAUGGAUCAGACGACUUGUGAGAAUUUGCAGUCUAUUCUUCUUCAGACACUUGAACUCCUUCCACAAACGUCCAAGUCGGUCAGGAAAGGGACUGAGCGGGCUCAGUUUGCUUUCCUACGACAAGAACGGUGA